ACAGGGAAGUGACGCCACGCUUUAUAUAAAAGCGUCCAUUUUCCAUUGAGACGCCAUCAGUAACAUUUCAGGCAUUCAUUUGUGUUAUAGUGUUUAUUUAUAUUUGUGACUAGUCGCUUUCGAAAUAAUUACGACAAUGGCUGAAAACGCUUCAUCGGGACAAGCCGCCAACACCCAACAAAAUAACCAAGUCAGGAACCAAUCUGGAUCCAAUGGCGGCAACGGAAACAACAGAGGACGCGGUGGACCUCGCGGAGGUGGACGCGGUGGAUUUAUGCGUGGACGUGGUGGUCCAGGAGGUCCUAUGGGUCGUGGUGGACCCAUGAUGAGAGGUCGUGGAGGUCCCCGUGGUGCCAUGCGUGGAGCACCAAGGGGCAGAUUCCCACCAGGUGGUGCCCCUCCACCACCAAUGGGUGAUGGACCUGGCCCAAUGGGUGAGAAUGGUGGUCCCCGUGGACCUCCCUCAGGUUUCCGUGGUGCUGGACGUGGUGGUCCAGGUGGUUUCAGAGGCAGAGGUGCCCCAAGAGGUCGUGGCGGUCCAGUAGGUGAUAGGAUUAACCGUAUGGGAGGCCCAGACAGGAUGCAAAGGCCUGGUGGUGCUCGUCCCAGUAUGCCACCACGUGGACGCGGUGGUCCAUCACCAAGUGGUGGCAUGCAGAAAAGAGGUCAGGGUCCCAUGCAAGGAGGACCAGGACCCAAGAGGGGAAGGUUCGAAAAUGGUUCUUCUUCAAAUGGCUUUGGACAAAGAUCUCAAGGAGGAGGUUUUGGUGGUGGUAGUGGCGGAAAUCCAGGAAAUCAAGGUUAUGGCCAACAGCAAUCCUACAAUUCACAGUCUUAUGGACAACCUCAAUCAUAUGGUGGGCAAGGAUCUCAAGGCAGUGGUGGAUAUGGAGGCGGCGGUUAUGGUGGUGGUGGUUCCAACCAAUAUGAAAACAACUAUCCUAGCAACAAUUACCAAGGAAACAAUUCAGGGUAUGGACCAAGUGGAGAUGCCUAUGGUUCACAGGGUUAUGGCGCCCCAUCUGGUCCAUCAGACUAUCCAAGUGGUGGUGGUGGAGGCUACAACCAAGGCGGUUAUGACAACAGAGGCGGAUAUGCUUCCGCUGGCGGAUAUGAUUUUUACAAUGCAGAUUCUCAAUCCAACUAUGGAUCAGCACAAGGGGGUUAUGGCAAGCAGGAUUACGGUGCAUCUAACCAGGGUAGACGAUAUUAAACAAAAGACACUUCCAACUUGUGGCUUUAAUUUAUAUCCCAUAAAAUUUAGUAGAAUUUGUAUUUCUUUUAAUUCUAU